UUGAAAGAUAACAGAACAUCUAUCUCAGACUAACAUUGAGAAACAAAGAUGGGUGGUGUAGGAGCUCGAAAGCGAUGGACUUGUGUGGGUGCUGUAGGAAGGAAGUUUAGGAAGUCUCGUCAUCAGAAUACGAUCAUUGUUGUUCACAUUAAUAACAGUAGAAGCCUCAGAGAAGAUGAUUUGGAAGAUCAUGUCCAAAAAGAACUUGAAAAGAGCUGUGAACAAGCUGUGGAUGUCAAAGAGGUUGUAAAUGUUGGUAGUGAGAUAGAGGAGGUUGCUGAUGAUGCCGCAUCAUCUGAAGUGCUGGCAGAAAAGCAAAAACAAUUGCGUGAAGAAGAACGUUUCGAAAAACAAAAGCAAUUAUGCGAAGAAGAAGAAAAACGUAUCGAAAAGCAAAAGCAAUUACGCGAAGAAGAAGAAGAACGUAUCAAAGAAGAAGAACGCAUCAAAAAGCAAAAGCAGUUGCGCGAAGAUGAAGAACGCAUCAAAAAGCAAAAGCAGUUACGCGAAGAAGAAGAGCGUAUCGAAAAGCAAAAGCAGUUACGGGAAGAAGAAGAACGUAUCAAAAAGCAAAAGCAAUUACGCGAAGAAGAAGAACGCAUCGAAAAGCAAAAGCAGUUGCGCAUAGAAGAAGAACGCAUAGAAAAGCAAAAACAGAUACGUGAAGAAGAAGAACGUAUCGAAAAGCAAAAACGAUUAUGCGAAGAAAAACGUACUGCAGCUAUAAAGAUCCAAUCCUUCUUCAGAGGUCUUCUGGCAAGACGAGCAUUUCGAGCACUAAGGGGCUUAGUGAAGCUGCAGGCUCUGGUUCGUGGAGUGCGUGCGAGAAAGCAACAACAAAUGGCUCUGCACUGCAUGGGUGCCCUCAUACGAUUGCAAGUGCGGGUGCGAUCCAGGCAGCUACUCAUGAAGACAUGCGAUGAUUAAUGUAUAUACUUCAUCUUAAAUCAAUCAACUCCCCUGAAGGCCUGGAUAAGUGUUUUACUUCAGACCACACUGAAUUCCUCCUUAAUUUCUUGUUUUAUGUCGCUAUUAUUUCAUCACUAUUAUCUAUUUGUUUGUAUGUUUUGUGUGUGCUAGACAAUACAAGCAGUAAUAAUCCUAGUGUAUAGCAAUGAUAUAUCUUUCUUCUUUUUUUCCAAGAGGAUUUUAUUUC